CGCCCCAAACAGCAGGGACAGCGAAGUCAAAAUGUCAAAUAGUAAAGAAACCUGAAAUAAACCGUUGAAGCAGAGAGAGUUUCGGAGGGAGAAGAGAACGACACACAGAAAGUAAAAUGGAAAAUUGCUGAUUUAUAGAAGAAGAAGAAGAAGGGGAGAGUUCUUCAUAUUUUCUUGUUUCGAAAAUGAUAGGAUGGCUAAAACAGCUAGGAAAAGCUUUUGGCGUUUCAUUUCUAUGGCUCAUUUGCUUGAUUUACUUCACUCAGGGUUUCAGAUCCUUUGUAUGGACUGCUGUUUCCUACCACCUAAAAGACAGGCUUAGGUUGUCACCUUCAGCCUCCCAAUUUGUAUCUUCAGUAGCAUUUUUCCCAUGGAGCAUAAAGCCAUUAUAUGGAAUUUUGUCAGAUUGUAUCCCGAUCAAGGGAAGAAAAAGGAUACCAUACCUAGUAAUUGCAACUGUUCUGUCUCUAGUGCCGUGGCCUAUUCUAGGCUUAAAUGCAUUCUUGAGAAGUUCCAGAUGGCACCUCACAGUCUUCUUGACUGUGCAAAACUUGGGCUCUGCCAUGGCAGAUGUUGUGGUGGAUGCUAUGAUUGCUGAGGCAGUAAGGUUUGAGAGGGCCUCAUUUGCAGGAGAUCUCCAGUCGAUAUCUUGGUUAUCCAUGGCUUUGGGUGGAAUAUGUGGCAGUUUGUUAGGAGGAUAUGCAUUAACCAACAUACAGAUAGAAACAAAUUUCUUUCUGUUUUCAGUGCUGCCAGCCAUACAGUUAUUAUCAUGUGGUUUAAUUACGGAGAAUUAUGUGGGCAGUAAAAUUUUGCCUGAGUUUGCUAAUUCUGUAAGCAGCUCCCAUAUAGUAAAUGGGAAUGGUAUUGUUUUGGAAGAAGAUAGUUUCUUAGCUAAGAAGUCAAAUGCAAGCACAUGGAGAAGAAAGAAGAGCCAAAAGAAUAGCAUAAAGAGGACGGCUAUUAGUACUAAAUCACAGAUCCCUGAGAAGGACAAUUCAUUAGCAUUGGGAUGGUUAGACUCUCUUAGAGCAGCCACUUACAGUUUGUUUGUUGCUUUUAGGCAACCAAUCAUUUUGAGACCAAUGACUUGGUUUUUCCUAGCACAUGUCACAGUUCCAAACCUCUCAACAGUCAUGUUCUAUUACCAGACUGAGUCCUUGAAAUUGGACGCAUCCUUUCUGGGGACUGCACGUGUUGUUGGAUGGUUGGGCCUCAUGCUUGGGACCUUCACUUACAAUCGCUACCUGAAGACAUUGAAGCUGCGGAAGAUUCUGUUGUCAGCUCAUAUUGGGUUGUCUUUCAUAAGCGCCCUAGAUAUGGUCUUAGUGUCUCAAAUCAGUCUUACCUAUGGAAUUUCAGAUAAGAUUAUGGUCCUUUGUGGAUCUGCCCUUGCUGAUGCAAUCAAUCAACUCAAGUUCAUGCCAUUCCUCAUUUUGUCCGGACAGUUAUGCCCUCCAGGAAUUGAAGGAACUCUAUUUGCCCUCUUUAUGUCAAUAAACAACUUGGGUUCAACGCUGGGAUCAUUCACAGGUGCUGCACUGGCUUCAUUUUUGAAUCUAUCAUCAGGCUUAUUUGAUAACCUACUACUGGGCAUUGCCAUCCAAGUCUUCUGCACUUACAUUCCAGUUGCCCUUUUAUUUUUGAUACCAAAAGAAGCUACAGGGCUAUCAGCAUAGUUGGGGAUUCAUUCAUUCUCAAAACAGAAUGCUAUUAUCUAGAAGCAGAAAAAUGAAUACAAUUUUUUUUCACUGAUUUUCUUUUUUACUGCCGACUAGCUGCUGAAAUUCACAGAUGUAGAAUUGUAGAUUCUGAAAUGAAAAAAUAUAGCUACUUAGGUUUACACUUCUCAGUGUAGGUUGUUGGCUGCAACAUAUGCAAUGUUUAAGACCUUGUCUACAAUUUGCUCAUUGAUUCUAUUUGAAAUGCAAAAUCUUUUACAGUUGGAUCAAA